UCAGCGCUGACUCAAGACGCCAACUGUUUAGAACGAAUCAGUCCGAUUUGGUGAACCGGUUCAUCCAGUUCACUAAAAAGAACUGGUUCAAAAACGAUUCGUUCACGAACUGGCCAUCACUACAAACUUCAUUAACAGCAUCAACUGAGCAACAAAGAGGCUGAAGGCUCCAGGAUUCAGUCCCCACGCAUACAAACGCCAUGAGGACUGUGUUACUCAUAGUAUUUAUUUUCUUAAAGGGAGCAAUUUGCAUGUCUGUCUACAACUUUAGUGGAGUGAUCAGACACUUUGCUGUGGGAAAAAGUAAAGUGUUUGUUGCUACAGAUUCUCAGCUUUACCAAAUGCGGCACGAUCUCGUAGAGGAAAAGAUUAAAGACAUAUCAAACACCACGCACCAGAACGACGUGAUCAUCUUGUUGCCUUUCGAGGCGAACGGAACUCUGAUCACCUGCGGCACUUUGGGCUGCAGUUACUGCGAGGUGCUGGACAUAAAGGAUAUAACCCAAACUAUCCACAGGGAGACAUACAUGCCGUUUGUGGCGCCUGUGAAUGGAUCGUCUGUUGCGUUACUUGUCGAUGCCCGUACUUCAAGCACAAGUACUGAUACUUACAUGUUGGUGGGGAGAGAGUAUAAGAAUACAAACGAUGACUGUGUAGUCGAUCCCGGUGUGACAUUACGCAACACUCUCGGAACUCAGGCAGGUGACAUUUUUUCUAAAACAGGUGCAUCUGCAGCUGAAGCCAGCAUUAAAGUUUGGCGUGUUGAGUGGGUAGACGGUUUCCAGGUAUCUUCAAAUUUUCAGUCCUACCUCUUCGCCAACCUCUUUACCUCUUCAGACAAAAAAGUGGUUUUAUUAAAGAUGGAAAACAAAGGGGGAAAACCAGAAAUAACCAAAUCUCUGAAAGUUGCCCAUUUACGUUGCUGCAAGGAUCUUCAUCGCCAUAAACUUUUGGCCUCCACCACUAUCUUGUCAUCUCUUUUAUGGAUUGGAAUAUUCACUGCAGAACUUCCCCAAAACCCAGAGAACACUGUAUUGGCUAUUUACAACAUUACUGCGAUCAUACCAGGCAAUCCUACUAAAGAAUUCACAUGUCAACCAUCGUGUGGUCCACAGAGCUCCUCAAUAGUGCCUGUUGAGCCUCUUGCUGUUGUAUUCAAGCACAAUUCAAUGACAUCUGUGGCAGCAAAAAUGAAAGGCUCUUGGAUUGUGCUAUACAUUGGAACUGCUAAUGGGCAACUGCUAGAGCUUGUGCUGUACCCAGAUUAUACAUCUUUCUGUGCAAAAGUGCUGUACAGAUCUGAUGAUGACAGGAUGGUGUUUCCCAAAAUGUAUUUUGACCCAGUGGAUCCUAAUUAUAUCUACAUAGGGUUGAGAAAUCAGAUUAACCGUGUUGCUGUGACUCAAUGUGGUAUGUAUGACACUUUGAGAGCCUGCAUUGGCAGCAUGGGCCAUUUCUGUGGCUGGUGUGGGGUCACAAAUAGAUGCUGUAUGCAGGAGGAAUGUAUGAACUCAUCUUGGAUCUCCAUUUCUAAAGAAUCUUUUCGGAAAGAGUGGAUUUCUUUUAAGGUCUCCAUGAUCUCUAAAGAGAUCAAGCUGACUCUACACCUGCACCUGAAUGCUACAGAAAGUCUUCCAUUAAUAUGUACAUUCAAGGCAAGAGGGGGUGAUCUGUGUAAAAGCUUUGUUACACAUUUGCCCAAAUGCUCCUGCAGUUUCCCUGAAAAGUCUUCUGAUGGACUCGAAGUUACAGUGAUGGUCACAAUUAGUAAUCAGACCUUGACAGAGAGCCUGACACUGAGGAGCUGCCCAACCAUUACAAAGAAUAUGCAGUCAGAAGAGCAAUGUGCAGCCUGUGUCUCAGCUGGAUGUUAUUGGCAAAGCAGUAACAAGACUUGUACCUGGACUCCUGUAUCUACACCAUAUUUACAAAUACUGGACAUAUGCAGUGGGAUUUCAUCCGAUAGAAAUUACAGGCCAGAGAUCCUGUCUGUGUGGCCUAAUGAAGUUUCUUUUCAUGGCAAAAAUAAUGCAGAGAUAAAAGGAAAAAAUCUGGGACUGGUUGUGAAAAUUCGCUUCCAAGGUUUUAUGGACUGCAAUUUAAAGGAGUCACCAGUGUUGGUGCGCUCUAAUGACACACUGAAGUUUCAUAUUCCUGGUGGAAACAAAGAAACUAUGAGGGUGUGUGUGGUGACGGCAGAUGGACAAUGUCAUAGUAAUGCCACCAUAAGAUAUAAUUCUCAGCCCACCUGUAUGGAAUUUCAGCCUUUAAGCACCUGGUCCAGUGGUGAAAGGAAGAUUAAUGUGCUGGGGAGUAAUUUAGAGUUUGUGGAUGCAGUCAAUAUUCAUACGUCUUCCAAAGAGAUUACCCUCAAAACUGACAACAAGAGCUUUUGGUUUCACACUCACAAUCAGAGAGAAUUCAGAGAUGCUGGACCAUUCAUUGUCUCUCUUAAAGUGGUGAACUCAACAGUGGUCUGUGCAGGUAAACUCUCUUACCAUCCAGAUCCGGUAUUCUCCAGCUUCUCCACCUCAAAGGUGGUCAAUGACGUGCUGGUCACCAUACAGAAAAAGGAAGAUCAAUUAAGGAUAGGUGAAGAUGACCUAAAGGUGUGGGGCUUAGAGGAAAAAAGGGAAUUUGAGUGUACAAUAGAGAAAGUGAAGUCCAGUGCAGUGAUCUGUAAGAUUUCAGUAGUUAAAGAUGGUGAACUCAAUGUGGACUCAGUUAAGAUUAUGUUUGGCGAUGUUAAAAUAAUUUUGACCCAGGAUACUUCGGAAUAUAUAUAUAUACUUGUUGCAUUAGUCAUUUUGAUUGUUCUUGGUGCUGUUGCUGGAGUAUUAAUCCACCGUAAGAGCCAACAGCAGAUGAAUGCACAAAUGAAUGAGCAUCUGGAAAUGCUGGAGAAUGAAAUCAGAUGUGAGAUCAGACAAGGAUUUGUGGAUUUGCAGACAGAGAGAUCAGAUCUGGUUGAAAAUGUUGCUGCCAUUCCCUACCUAGAUUAUAAACAUUUUGCGUUGAAAAUAUUUUUUCCUGAGGGAGGGCCUUUGGGAAACCAGAUGAUCAAAGAAAUUGGGCAGGAUGCAGUGAAGUCAGAGAUGGAUGAAAAAUGUCAAGCUUUCUCCUCACUUCUUCGAGACCAGACAUUUCUCACAUGCUUUGUUCAUGCUUUGGAGGAGCAGAAGAGCUUCAGCAUAAAGGACAAGUGUAUGGUGGCAUCCCUGUUGACUGUAACGCUGCAUAGUGACCUGCCAUACCUCACCCAGCUGAUGGAGACGUUACUCCAGAGUCUAAUGGAUCAGCCCAGCAAUGCUCAGCCUAAACUCAUGCUGCGUCGUACAGAGUCUAUUGUAGAAAAACUUCUCACCAACUGGAUGUCCAUCUGCCUCUAUGGCUUUCUCAGGGAGUCGGUUGGUCAACCUCUUUUUCUAAUGAUAUCAGCUCUAAGUCAGCAGAUUUCUAAAGGACCAGUAGAUGCAGUGACAGAGAAAGCUCUGUACACACUGAAUGAAGACUGGCUCCUGUGGCAGGCUCAGGGCUUUAACUUCAGCCUUUUGAAGUUGAAGGUGCUGUUUGCUGUGGGGACAGAGGGAGAAGUAAGUGAACCACUGGAAGUGAACGUCCUGACAUGUGAUACGAUAGAACAGGUGAAGGACAAAAUCCUCCAGACCUUCCUGCGCAAGUUUGGCUUCAGAUUUACUCAACAGCUUAGAGACAUUGGCAUUGAAUAUCUGAAGGAAGGAAGUUAUGUGCCUCUGGAGGAAAUAGAUGGAAGCUCAGAGGUGCAGGGGGAGGUGACUAUGCUGAACACACUGAAGCAUUAUCAAAUCCCAGAUGGGGCUCCCAUCAAAGUGAUCACCAAAAAGGUUCAUGCCCCACUUAGUCCACAGACAAGCUUAAAAGAUGAUCAGAACUUCACUACAAAGUACUUUCACUUGAUUGACCCAGACAUUGCCGAAGACCCAGAACACCCAGAGAGGAAGAAACUGAAGCUCAAAGAGAUUUACCUUACCAAGUUACUUUCCACUAAGGUGGCUGUGCACACCUUUGUGGAGACUCUUUUUCGGAAUAUCUGGGGAAUGCCCAACAACAAAGCUCCCUUAGCAGUGAAAUACUUCUUUGAUUUCCUCGAUUCACAAGCUGAGAAGAAAAAGAUCAUGGAUCCAGAUGUUGUUCACAUAUGGAAAACAAACAGCCUGCCACUGCGGUUCUGGGUGAACAUUUUGAAGAACCCCAACUUUGUGUUUAGUGACCUUGAAAAGACACCUCACAUGGAUGGUUGCCUGUCUGUCAUAGCUCAAGCCUUCAUGGACUCCUUCUCCCUCACAGAUCACCAGUUGGACAAACAUGCACCAACCAACAAGCUUCUGUAUGCAAAAGACAUUCCCCAGUAUAAAAAGGAAGUAAAGAUGUACUACAAGCUGGUGAAGGAUCAGCCAUCUGUCAGCAGUCAGGACUUUAAAGUGUUUCUGCAUGAAGAGUCAAAGAAACAUGAGAACGAAUUCAAUGAACCUGUAGCAUUGCGAGAGCUGUACAAAUACAUGGAGCGCUAUUUCACUCAGAUUGAACAACAUUUAGAGCUAAAUGGCGGCUCCUGUGGACUAAAAGAGGAAAUGCACCGUGUGAAGGAGCUUUUUCAAAGUGUGAAAAGGAGUGCAUGGAUCUGAGCCAAUGUACCUUCAACACUCAGAUUAUAUUACCUAUUGCCUUAAUCAUUGCCCGUCUUCUCCGAAGCAACACAUGCAGUAUGAACCUGUGCAGCACUCGAAAUCUACGAGGAGUUUAAUUUAAACUUGAACCUGUGCAAUGCAUUUUUUCCCUCUGACUGUCAUCAAGAGCAAAUAAAUACACCAAUGUGGAGGCUGGGCAUAUCUUAAAAACCACACUUCACUACUCCACUAUGUAACUGUUGAUUGAAUGCGUUUUGUAUUGUAAAAGAAACCAAUGUGCUCACAAAUAAGGGUCUCAGAGAAAAUGUUAGCAUUAUAUUAAACUUAUGUUAAUACUAAACAAUGAGCUAAAAUGUGCUGGCAAAAAAAUUUUUCAAGCUAUUUCUGUUAUAUUUCUCUUUUUAAUUGUAGGGUGCAUUAAGAGUGCAGAUGAUGAAUAAACAUUCUAACUAUGCACAUCCUACAGAUGUACAAUAGUGUUAAUAAAAUGUACAAAUCUGCA